AAACAAAGCAUUCCUCUGUCAAAAGGAUCGAACACGGGUUUCUGCUCAGCAAUCUCUAGCCAUCAAAUAAAUUUCACGAAUUGCCACUAUAAUAAAAUAGUCAUACAAAGAGUGAGGUUCAUUACAGGGUAGACGUUGUUGUCGUCCGGGAGUGGCUUCAUUUUUCAGGCCUCGUGAUAUGUGACAUUUUACACAGUCUUUAAACUCAGAAUAACAUAACAAAUGGGGGUUAUAAAAGAUGGGUCUAUUUCUGGAAUUUUACCAAGCAAAAGCAAGGUCUUUGCGGUUAACUAUCCGGGUUACCCGUCGUCUAUGGACCGUGCCCUGGUGACUCUCGGUGGACCCGAAAAUAUUGCCAAGGCUAGAGAGACACCAUCAAACAGUUUAGAACUUCGUUUCCGCCCUGAAGAUCCAUACUCACAUCCUGUAGUAGGGAAGCUUUCACAUUGUAAUAGCUUUUUGUUAAAGAUAUCGAAACAUGAUAAUACUAAUGCAGCCCAUGAUACUGGCUGCUCUAAUAAUGCGGUUACUCGUUCAAGGGAAGACGAGGCACAUAUAUCAGAAGAAGGAUCUGAAGAUAAGCUUUGCGCGGAUAUCGUUGGUCAUGUAUCGGAAGCAUAUUAUUUUGAUGGAAUGGUAGACUACCAGCACGUUCUUGCUGUUCAUGCUGAUGCUGCAAGGAAAAAAAAGAGAAAUUGGGCAGACGUGGAACCUCUUUCUGAAAAACGUGGCCUUAUCGAUGCAGAUCAAGAAGAUUUGAUGAUAUUGUUGCCACCCGUUUUCUCACUGAAGAACAUACCGAAGAAUUUGGUGUUGGCACCACCGACGUGUGACAGCCAGAAAAAGAAACAAGACGGAGUGGAACAACAGCAUUCUGGGCAGAUGGAUUUAGAGCCAAGCCUUCAAAUCAAUUUUGACAUCAAAGAUGUUCCUAAGAAAGUAAACUGGGAAAGUUUCAUAAAAGAAGGUACAGAUGAAUGGAAGUACCAAAUGGCGAUAUGUAAGUUGUUUGAUGAGCGUCCUGUAUGGGUCAGACAGUCUUUAUCUGAGCAUUUGUCUAGUAAAGGUCUAAGACCUGGCAGCAGUAUCUUUAAAAGGAUUCUCUCCAGGGCAGCUUAUUAUUUUUCAAAAGGGCCUUUUCAAAGGUUUUGGAUCAGAAAAGGAUAUGAUCCACGCAAAGAUCCCGAAUCUCGCAUAUAUCAGAGGAUCGACUUCAGAGUACCACGACCCUUACCAAACCCUACUGGCAUAGUAUCUGGGUUGGAGCACAAAUGGGAUGAUAUAUGUGCUUUUCGGGUUUUCCCAUACCAAGGUCAAACUUCCCUUCAGCUUUUUGAACUUGCCGAUGAUUACAUUCAACAAGAAAUUAGAAAACCUACUACUCAAACGAUUUGCACUUUAACAACAGGUUGGUUUCCUCCACACAUUCAUGAGAUGUUUAGAUUACAUAUCAAAAUGAAGUUCCUAUCAGUACAUCCAAGCCCUGAGGCAGCAUCGUUGGUUAAAAAAAUAAUAUCAAGUUUUGAAAAGUUAAAAAGAACAAGAACAACAGUCCAAGAACAUAUAGUUACUCAAGAUAAGCACCGAGUCAAUGAAGAUGAGGUAAAUAUUGAAGAAAACGAGUCGAAUAAUGAUGAAGAUGAUGGUGCUACUGAUGACGAAGCCGAAGAUGAUAUGGAGGAUGAGGAAUUUGAUGCAUACGAGGGAUUGGAUGAUAUGGAACGUGACAUGGCCAAUUUUAUACCAGAACCAUCUUAUAUAAACCAAGAUAAUAUUUCGAAGAACUACUUACAAGAACUCUUUGGUAGUUUUCCAAAUAAUGGAGGCAGCCAAGAUGCUGAAAACAGCGAUGGAGAGUAUCAAAUAUACGAUCAAGACAGUGAUGAUAACGACUCCGAAGAUGACUAUUAACGAAUAUUUUUCAGUCCAUAUGAAUUUUCUUUGAGGUUUGAGUAUUCCAACUAUUACUCGUUUUCUUUUUCAAUUGCAGUAUCACAUAUUUCUUAGAUUGGAAAUUUUAAAGGUAAUUCCAUCUAGCAUUAUAUUGGAGAUCA